GGGGGAGGGUGUCCGGGGGGCGGGUCCCUGUGCCGCUGACGUCCCAAGCAGUGCUGGGAAGUAUAGGCUGUGUUGUCACGCCGGUGUCAGUCUGAUGAAGAUUGGCAUCAGGUGGAGCCUGGAACACGACUUUAAGGCUUUCUGUCCUCCAUGCUGCUCACUAGAAAAGGAGCCCUGAACUGUCCCCGGGGGUGUGCUUUUGCUCCACAACAACAACCAUGAUGGAUUGUAGUGCCUGAUACAGCCAAGACACAAGAAAUAGCAUCAUCAGAAAACCAACUUAAGCCUGGCCUGAUUUAGUGCAGAGAAAAUGACAGCUGUUGUGCUCGGCUGGCUUCCACCCAGGAGAAGGCUAUUUUUUUGCAAAUAAAAUGGUACUCUCUCUGGAGCUGACUAGAAGUCUCUGGCCCUGCUGGAAGUGAGAAGAAGGGGCAAGCCCCCUGAAGACCAUCCCAGAAGCAGUGGGAACACCCAACAAUCCUCCAUGUGAAUCAAUCCCAUGAUGCAACAUGCCUCCCCAGCCCCAGCUCUGACAAUGAUGGCCACGCAGAAUGUCCCUCCCCCACCCUACCAGGACAGCCCCCAGAUGACAGCAACUACCCAGCCACCUUCCAAGGCCCAGGCUGUCCACAUCUCAGCACCUUCAGCUACCACCAGCACACCUGUGCCCAGUGCCCCCAUUGACCCCCAGGCCCAGCUGGAGGCCGACAAGAGAGCUGUGUACAGGCACCCUCUUUUCCCGCUCCUGACGCUGCUGUUUGAGAAAUGUGAGCAGGCCACCCAGGGCUCUGAGUGCAUCACCUCCGCCAGCUUUGAUGUGGACAUCGAGAACUUUGUCCACCAGCAGGAGCAGGAACACAAACCCUUCUUCAGCGAUGACCCAGAACUGGACAAUCUGAUGGUGAAGGCAAUCCAGGUCCUGAGGAUCCACCUGCUAGAGUUGGAGAAAGUCAAUGAACUCUGCAAGGACUUUUGCAACCGUUACAUCACCUGCCUCAAAACCAAGAUGCACAGUGAUAACCUGCUCAGGAAUGACCUCGGGGGGCCCUACUCCCCUAACCAGCCCUCCAUAAACCUUCACUCACAGGACCUCCUGCAGAAUUCCCCCAAUUCCAUGUCUGGAGUCUCCAAUAACCCCCAGGGGAUUGUGGUCCCAGCCUCAGCACUCCAGCAGGGCAACAUCGCCAUGACAACCGUCAACUCACAAGUCGUGUCAGGUGGAGCCUUAUAUCAACCGGUUACCAUGGUAACCUCCCAGGGUCAGGUGGUCACCCAAGCAAUCCCCCAGGGAGCCAUCCAGAUCCAGAAUACACAGGUUAACCUUGACCUCACCUCCCUCCUGGACAAUGAGGAUAAGAAGUCCAAGAACAAACGAGGAGUCUUGCCCAAGCAUGCCACCAAUAUAAUGCGUUCUUGGCUUUUCCAGCAUCUCAUGCACCCCUACCCCACAGAGGAUGAGAAGAGGCAGAUUGCAGCCCAGACAAACCUCACCCUCCUGCAAGUAAACAACUGGUUCAUCAACGCCCGGAGACGCAUCCUGCAGCCCAUGCUCGAUGCCAGCAACCCAGAUCCUGCUCCCAAAGCCAAGAAAAUCAAGUCUCAGCACCGGCCCACCCAAAGAUUCUGGCCCAAUUCUAUUGCCGCUGGGGUCCUGCAGCAGCAGGGCGGCGCCGCAGGGACGAAUCCUGAUGGUUCCAUCAACUUGGACAACCUGCAGUCCCUAUCCUCAGACAAUGCUACCAUGGCUAUGCAGCAGGCUAUGAUGGCUGCACAUGAUGACUCAUUGGAUGGGACAGAAGAAGAGGAUGAAGAUGAUAUGGAGGAGGAAGAAGAGGAGGAGGAGGAGCUAGAGGAGGAGGCUGAUGAGCUGCAGACAACGAAUGUCAGCGACCUGGGCUUGGAACACAGUGACUCCCUGGAGUAAUCAGGCAGCCCAGAUGGCACUGGUCCCAAGCGGAAAAGGAGUGUCAUCAGGAGGGUUCAGGGUGGGAGGGAGGGGAUAUGGGCAGGCAGCACUAAGAAAGUUGGGCCCUGGCUUCCCCGAAUCAUAGCUUAAAGAAAUGCGGAGGAGACACCCUGUUCCUUUCCAGUCACCACACUUCAGUGAAAACCUAGUCCCAGACCCUCAGACUGCAGAGCACUCCAUUGCUGGGGCCAGUCAAACUGCCUGUGAAGAAAGACAGAGUGAGAUCUGGACUCACCAAAUUCCUGAGGACAGAUGACACCCACGGCUCCACACGGAAAAGGACUUGAGUUGUUUACAAGCCCUGCCCUGUGAGGUGGACAGGUGCUGUUUGCAGAGUGGACCUUUGCUAAGGGGCAGACUUGGGAGGGAAGGAUGAAACAAGGGGGUCUAACAUUUUCCCCCAGGAGAAUCUGACCUCCCUUGAAAGACACUCAAGGACAGGAGGGAGCACAAGCGCAUCACCAGUGGCCAGAGGAGUAGGAGGGCCUGAGGCAACAUCACACACUACAGAUCAGAGUGGGACACGGACUGCACAGGGCUCCAGCUUGUCCUACCAGAGCCCUGGCUCUUGACUUAGGAGAGGGGGAAGGAAGCCAAAGAGACUCCUUCUGCCUCUCUUAGAAAUAUAUUGUUGGUGGGUCCAACCUGAAGAGGUGCAGAGCAACUCUCCAUCUGGGUCAGCUCUAGGACCAAGCAGAUGGCAGAACCUAGAUCAGGGGCCAUAUUAAGAUGACUUUGGGGACCGCGGCUGUCCCUAGGUGAUCAUGUGUCACGGCUCCUGUAACAAUAGGACCAUGGUAUCUUAGCCUAGACGCCCCCCCUACCCUCAGAUGGAGCUCUUCAGAUACCCCAGCCCCCUUCGUAAACCCAUAGAGUGGUGGGGCUGGGGGUUCUUCCCACUCCACAGGUCCCUGUGGUAGCCCUCUGCUCCCAAGCUGGCACCACCAGCCUCUAGCCUCCUUCUUCAUUCUAUUCUCCAGAGAAGGCAGAAGAAACAUUGGAAAGAAGUGUUAUCCCAAUGGGAAGCCGGGGUCUGAAGAAGGUGCUGAUGUGCACACACCAUUGUGCUCGGGGGGACUGGGGGCUCCUGGGAAGAGGCUUCCUAUCAUCUUCCCUCACAUACACCUUCUGAGCCCAAUUUAGAGGGCCCAUGAUUGGCACCCGCUCCUCCUGUCCCCUCCCACCCUAUGGCUGUGAAAGACAGGACUGGUCAUGUGUGUGUGUUCCAUUGGGUUUAAUGUGAUGGGUGUGCAGUUUCAUUGUAAAUGUGCAUUGGCCAUCUCCUUCAGUGGUAGGAUGUUUGUGGCUAUCUGGCUCAACCAGAGGGGAUCCUUGAGCCCUUCUGGGCCUUCUCCUCUACCUGGUUGGGUGGAGCAAAAGGAUAGUCACUUUUCUGAGGUCUCCCGGAAAUGAAUGUAUUUCUCCCCCCAAAAGAGCUGAUAUUUAAUGUUUUACUAGGGAUUUUUUGAGAAACAAAUAACCUUAUUUAUAAUCUGGGUGAUCCAAUCAUUUUUUUACUCCCUUUGAUGCCAUACAUAGAGGAAAAGCAAGCUUUUUUGGCGUGAGACUUUUACAACACGCAGUGGGAUAAAACAUAUUUCCUCUCCUGGUCCAUUUUUCUUGUUAAAAUACAUACGUUCACAGCUAACUUCUUCCACUCAGCACCGUGACAAGCACCGCACUCAGCACGAACAUGUGCCUACGUCUCCCUACCAGCCCCUUCCACCUGCCUAAUGUUAUGCAACCUCCCUCUGAUGUAUCCACCAAACCAGUACGAAUGUGGCCGCAAAGUUUUCAGUAAACCUUAUCACCUACUGAAAUGCUGGUGCAGAAUUCUCUCUUCCUGUGACUGCCUUAGAGGUCCCUAUGCCUUCAGUGGGACCCUGGGCCAGACAGAAACUGAAGGCCCAGCAUCUACCGUAUUGAAAAUGGCCUUGCUCAGAAAGGGACAGAGUCGAGGGCUUUGGGGGUGAUCUUUGUCAGCCUACUUGGAGGGAAAGAUGGUCCACUUUGGCACAUCUGCCUUUUGUGUGUCUAGCUCGAAGACGGUAGAGAGGGCAGAGGACGCUCUGCACUGCCCUCUCCUGACAGUUCUUCAUACUGCAGUCGCGACCUGACUUCCUCCUUUUCAGACCUUUCCCAUUGUUGCCCUAGGACUUUAGCGUUCAAGUGCCUCCACGGCCUACCCUUCACUCUCAUAUGCCGCCUUCAUUUGUUCUACAGGUGGGAAGUCCUGAAACCUGGAAGGAGGGAGGUGUCGCCCGAGCUGCAGCUUUGACCCUGGCGCUAUGUCCAGAGCAGGGCUGCCCCAGAAUCCCAGUUGCCAUCUUGCACUCCCUAGACUCAGGCCAAGGGAUGCAAAACACACUGCGGGAACUAUGUCCCAAAGAAAUUAGACUAGCAUAGUUCUGCUCCCCAGGGUUUUUUAAAAUCUGGGUGCCAUCCUUUCAACCAUGCUGCCAACUAAGGGUGUUUGUGGUGUGGGUGGUUGUGUUCUACAGAGGAGGCAGCAAGUGUUUUGCAUAAUCCAGAUGCUACCCAACUCAAAAAAAGAUGUCUCCUGUGCUAAUGACAGGAAGGGGAUACUGGAGGUGAAGGGGGCUGGAUUUCCUUAGCUCGAAACUAAACUCUGAUAUUUAGGGUCUAAAAAACUGUUCAGUUGAACUUCUGCCCCCGGUGCCCAGUCUAUCAGAAAGACCCUUUCAGGCUUGCAAAUCCCGCUGAAAGACAUGAAAUAAGCAUCCUUGACGCAGAAGCCCCUCUACUUGGGUAGGUAGGCCAGAGGACUGGCAGCCUGCAACCUGCUCAGUCUUAAUCCUAAUGGGCUCACUGUUGUUUCAGCGUCCACUUGUUAAACACCCACACCGUCCUAAGCUCUGUUCUACACAUCAAGGAUCCAGCUGUGGGCAGUGAAGCCCUUCCGGGAGUCUGCCCUCUGAAAGAGUGGGUUAGCGCCACAGUCUGAUCAUUUUGGGACAUCGACCUCUCGCUUCACCGCUCAGUGCUGCCAACCAGAGCUGCUCAGGUCAAGAGUGAUGUUGAGAUAACAUUCUACUCACAGACGUGUUCUGCUCAGACCGGUUGCUCUUAAGAUUUUUGCACCAACAUGUAGAAGUUGGAAGAUUGCACCUUUAAACAAAUAAGAUUCCUAGUCUGUUCUGAAAGUCAGUCAAUUUGGGACCUACAUUCCUGCAUGAUCAUGACUGAAUAACUCCUGCCCUGAAAUUCACGCUUCAAGUUAUGAUACACCCCAGGGUUGUGGUAGCCCAGCGCCGAGGCUGAGCUGGGCUGCAGUUAUGCUGGGACUGUCCCUAGUUGUUCUAUUCUCUCUGAUAUCUAAGUGCAUUAGAGUGUUUUGUUUAGGGUGUUUCAGUUUGGUUUGGUUUGGUUUGAUGGUAUCAGGGCCUUAAAAAUGCUAGGCAAAUGUCCUACCACUGAGCUACAUCCCAACUCUUUCUCUCUCUGUGUGUUUAACUUUUGUUUUUCUCAGUCUCACUAAGGGGCCUAGGCUGACUUUGAACUUGCAUCUUUAAUUUGUGAUCCACUUGCCUCAUCUUUCCAAGUAGCUGGAAUCACAGGCCUAUAUCACCAGGCCCAGUUUGUACUAUUUUUUUGGGAAUUGGCGGGGAGGGUGUUUUUUUGCUGCGUGGCACAGGCUGGACUGGAACUAGUUAUGUAUAGUCCCAGGCUAGCCCCAAACUCACUGUGCAGUAUAGGCAACCUUUACCUCUUCAUCCUCCUAUCUCAGACUCUAGUACCGAGAUUAAAGAUAUGCACUACUGUGCAGAGCUAAAUGGGUGUUUAUAAGAAGGGAAGUGUUUCUUGAAACCCAAAAGCAAGGUGGUCCAAAAGGACUCUGCCUUGGAAACAAAACACUGGAGAGACUAUAUUUGUGGAAAUGUGGACAGUCCCGCCUUUUCUUGCACUUUAUACCUACGUCACACUCAGACACCUUCACUCAUGUGUCUCACCUGCCAUUCUGGCCUUGAGAGGUAACGGAGGGACCAUGAGCAGUGUUUCCUCAGCAGCACUGGUCGUAGAAAAUAGACUACAGGAGGCUUUGUGAUGAUUCAGCCUAACCAUCUGCAUUGGAUUCCUGGGGCUCACAUGGCGGAAAGUGUGUGCUGAGACCUUCAAGUUGUCCUCUGACCUCCACACGCAUGCUUUGGCAUAUGUGCCUCCCACACAAAUAAAUAUUAAAAAAAAAAAAAGAAAGAAAGAAAGAAAGCAGAUUUCAGAGCGGGGCAUGUGCACACACCUGUGAUCCAAGCGCCUGGGAGAUAGAAGCAGGAGGAUGGAAGAGUUUGAGACCAGUUUGGGCUAUAUGAAGAGACUCCACCUAGAAAGGGGGGAGAAAGGGAACGAGAAGGGAAGGGAGGGGAGGACAGAGGAGAGGAAUCUUCAGCUCCUCUUUUAAGUUCCUUCCUACAUAGCUUCCAUCCUUCUUUUUUCCAUAUGGGCUCCAACCUCAAAGCCAAUCAUCCAUUCGUUAAGCUUUCGUAGGUGACUACCAUGUACAGCAGCCAGCUUGGGUCAAAGAACAAGUCAGCUUCACAGGCCAGGGAAUAAGUACCCAGGACAGCAGACAGUGCUGACUGCAUCAUGCUGUGUGCUCCUUGGCAUCUUAUUUCUAGCCCACAAACGAGGCAAGUUUUAUUACACCACUUUCAAGUGUAUCUUCUACUUUUAUAUUUCUCAGCCUCUCUCUGGGCCGAUCUCAUUUAGCCCCUUUGCAAAUUAAAUGCAUCUCAUUAAACGGAACCCAUUUAGGACAAUGCCCUUCAGGUGUGUGCAUCUUUGUACAUCUUUCAUUUUAAGGCAAGUGUUUGAUUUAUUUUCAUCUCAUUAAACUCUUUAAAAUUAUGUGCAUCUCAUUACACUCAGCCCAUGCGAUGACUUAUUUCAGGUGUAGACAUUACACCCAGAAUUACCAGGCAAGAAUAUGAUUUCUUUUUGUUUCAUUACAAGCCUUACAAUUUAUGUACAUCUCAUUACAAUCAGCCAUUUAAGACAAUUCCCUUCAGUUGUAUGGCUCUCAUUAUACCUUUUCAUUUUCUGAUUUUUUUUUCAUGUUAUUUAUUCAGAGAACUCACUUCAGGUGUGUGUGUGCCUCAUCGUCACCUGUUAUUCGUGUGAAUUUCUGAGUGGUUGUUCACAUCAUUGCAUUGUAAAAUGUUUAUUCUAUCAAAAUUCUUGAAGGCCAGAUAUGCCAUCUUAGGGGCCUCUUAUGGUGGCACAGACAGAAAGGUUUAGUCAGGACUCUGCCAGUAAUUCCCCUUAUUACACAGAGACCAUCAAAAUCAAUGAACUGUCCUCAUUUUCACACUGAGGAGGUAGGUGUUAUCUAAACUCCCUUUUGCUUGAUAUCCAUGAAACUGCAAUGCUGUAGAUGAUGGCUCAACAGUUCUUGGCUUCUCCUGAAGAUGCUGCACAGAUACCCACCCAAGCUGAGGAAUUAGAUGAGCACUACAAUCCAGCUCUCAGCAUCUAGAAGGCCACAUCCAUCCAUCUGUCCACCCACCCUUCAAUCCAGUUACUGGGGGUGGAACCUGAGCUCCGUCUCUAGGCACAUGCUUUACCACUGAGCUACACCCACAACUCAUGCUCUCAUUUAGGCUGAAUGGAGUGUGUAUCCUGGGGACACCAUUGGAAUCUCCCCAGCUCCCUCCAGCCUACUAGCUUUUGAUAUCUCCUCCAACCCUAUCCUGGGGAUUCUCAGCUGGAGUCCACCUUAGAAUUGCUCAGCAGGAGUUCCAGAGUUGCAAAUAAAAAUAUUUCUGAGUCUGGAUCUGGAGGUGCAUGAUCAACAGCACCUCUGAGAUUCUCAACUUCUAAACUUGAUUCACAAAAGAAUCUUCAGGGUGGCCACUUGAAGCUGAAAAUGCCGGAUGCUCUCAGCAUUGUCCUACCAAGUUUGUGUUUGCAACUCAACAGGAGUCAAAGUGAAUAAACAAACUCCCAGACAGGGACCUGUGGGUCAGUGAACCAGCUCACCCAUGGCAUAUACAAAUCUCAGGUCUGCACACUGAGCAUCAUUUCUCUUCCCCCUCACAGUGCCCAUUGCCUUCCAGGGCCAGGAAUGCCAUUUCACUACACCGAGACAGCACAUCCGUUCUCCACCCCAGAUGUGAGAGUUGAGGAGGGAGGAGUUAAGAGCGCAGGUGCGGAGAGGUUGCCUGACUCUGGGGCUCACCUGCUACAGGAGAGCUUCCCCGCAGAGAGUGUCUCGAAUUCAGCUCCAGUCUCCAGUUGUUCCACCCAGAUCCUGACACCGGACCCUAACUCAGGCAGCAGCCCCAAGGAACUCUGGGCUGCUUUGUCUGCUUCCUUCUCUGUCAUUCCACCUGUCUCCUCUGCCAGUGAGAAUAGAACCUAUUCUCUAAGCUCAGAAUAACUCUGACUUGACACCCCUCCUCUUCUUCCACUUCUUGGACUGAACCUGCUGAGGCAUCAAAAUGCAUGCACCUCCUGCCUGCUGUUUCAUCUCCUUGUCCCCAAACCUGGGGAACUAGAAGUUCCACAAUCAGCACCCAGGCCUCCCUGACCUCUCACCGAGCAGGCUUUAACAUGGAUAGAGCUGGGCACCAUUGCUCAAACCUGUAAUUCCAGCACUUAGGAGACAUAGGCAGGAGGAUCCGUAAUUCAAUGACAGCCUUGGUUACAUAGAAACUUUGAGGUUAGCUUGGACUACAUGAGGCCAUAUCUCAAAAAAAUAAAAAGAAAAAAAAAUAAUAACAGAACAAAACCAAUUAAAAAUUAGUUUUUAGCCAGGCAUGGUGUUAUACACCUUCAAUUCCAGAGGCAGAGGCAGAGGCAGUGAGAUUCUGUGAAUUCAAGACCAGCCUACUCUAUAUAAUAAGUUCCAGGCCAGCCAGACCCACAUGGAAAUUAGUUUUUAGGUUGAGAGUGUGGCUCAGUGGAAGAGCAAAUGUUUAGCAUGAGCUCAAUCCCAGCCUGAAAAUAAAGUUAUUUAACACGAUAUGUAGUGCAGCUAAGAUGUGAGUCCAGGGUCAAACCCAUACUCUUUUUAUGAGACAAUCUGCCUCCCUAAACCUUGGCUUGACCAGAACCAGCAGCCUUUGGGGCUAAGGGAGGAGACUUUUCAUCUCUGAAGUCCAAGGAAGUGUUUGCCUCCUUGAACAUGCCCUCACCUGUCCCCUCCAAAGGGCCAGGGAUGACACAUCACUUAAAGAUGUUGGCUGCACCCUCCAUCUGCUGUCCUGCAGC